UCGGCUGCGGCAGCGGUGUGUAUCGGAAAGCGAAUCAGGUUCUGUGGGUGCCGUUGCUAGAGAGACAAAAGAAACGCUAAACAUCGGUCAACUGUCCGGGUCCGGGAGAGAGAAGCGGAUUUGCACCCGUGGAGUUGUGCCCCACUAGAAGUGUCCGUUCCUUCGGGCCGAUGUCCUGCCCGAUUCUCGGCGGGUCGCACGAGGCGUAGCACGGUUGCUCUUUGCCCCGCCACGAUAGCCCAUGCGAUUGGUGGCCGCGGUUAACGCACGGCGCAGCGAACCAACACGCACCCGCGGGGUGUGCUUGUGAGAGGGAAGGUGCGCUGCGACCAGCCCAAUAGAAGGCAUCGUCACGGCGGGGUGGCGUAAGAGACUGCGUCAGGCGGCAGCAGGCCGCCGUUCACUCGUCGGGCGGCAGCAGCCGUGGUCUUGAAAUCCUCGCGUUCGAGAACCCGAGCCAGCCAGCGGCCAUGGAUUGCCCGCACAUCGGCGAUAACGUGUCUCUCGGCAAAGGCUCGGUGCGGGCGGCCAAAAGUGCGGGGAGCGGCACCUCCAUCGCGGGAGGAUCGCCUUCGUCGGAAAUCUGCCUAGCCUCCACCCUUUCUGCGCCAGCUGCUGCUAACGGCCCUGGGCCGCUGCCGGACGGGGCAGCACUCGCCUUGGGCGAUGAUCUAUCGACCGCCUCUACUGCGUCAUCUCCUACGGUACCUUCGAGACACUGGAAAUGCUCAGAAUGUUCCAUCAAUAAAGACAACUGGAUGUGUUUACAAUGUGGCGUGGUGCUUUGUGGCCGUUACGAUAAUGGUCACGCUCUGAAGCACUCGAAUGGCAAUCGAAACCAUAACAUUUGCAUGAAUACCGCCAACCAAUCAGUAUACUGCUACAAAUGUGAUGAAUUCGUGAUAAAUGACACUGUCGAGAACGCGUUAGAUGAGAUUCGGCAAGAGCUGAAGGACGGAGACCAGAUGGACACGAUCUCCGAGACAUCAUCCACGCUGGAAGAGAUUAGCUCGUCGAAAUCGAUACAAGAAACGGCCAGUACAUCGUCAUCCAGUGACUCCGGCUGGGAGGAACCAUCGCCCACGGCGCUGGCCGCGCCCACCCCUUCCCAUCCCACCGCGAUAACCAGUGCGCGCAAGUUGCGGCCAAGAAAACGUACCAUUUCAAGCGACAGCAACAACGAAAAUGGUGCAACGACAGCCAAGCGGAAGUCGAUGCGGCGCGUCGUCGGUCUGCGGAAUCUGGGCAACACUUGCUUUAUGAAUUCAGUAUUACAGUCGCUGAGCAACAUACAGGAGUUUAGCUGCUACUUCAAUACGAUGCCUGCGCUGGAGGCGAAACACAAGCAGAAGGCUUACCACUCGCGCAGCAUGAAGGACGCGAUGGAUGAUGUUUUUGUUGUGGAGGAACUGCGGAAGGUGUUGCUGAACCUGAGCCAAGGUGGCGAUGGAACGAAGGGUGCAAUCUCACCCGAAUGCCUCUUUCUGGUCAUCUGGAAGGUAGUUCCCCAGUUUCGCGGACAUCGGCAGCAUGACGCGCACGAGUUUCUGCGUUACAUGCUUGACCGAUUGCACACCGAGCUACAGCAAGUGUCGUUUCCGGUCGAGCUUGCCAAGUCGGGCGAAAGCAAGAACCCCUACAACGUGUCCGGGCUGAGUCAUUUGCAGGCCAAGGGACGCAACUCGAUCGUGACGAACGUGUUCGGCGGGGUCUUGCAGAGCGAGGUACGCUGCCUGAUCUGCGGUAUGGAAAGCAAAAAGCACGACCCGUUCCUCGAUCUGUCGCUAGACAUUCCGGAAAAGUACUACAGUAAAGAACAUGGCACUAUUGACAGCGGUGCCAGUGGUGAGGCUACGGGUAACGGGGCAGCACCGGUUUGUCACAUUUCCGAUUGUUUGUCCAGUUUCACGGAGGUCGAAGAGUUGGCAGAAACUGAACUGUACUAUUGCAAUUCGUGCAAAUGUAAACAGAAGUCAACGAAACGGUUCUGGAUUCGCCGACUGCCGAAUGUGUUAUGUUUGCAUAUCAAACGCUUUCGAUGGAACAACUUUUACCGAACAAAAAUUGACCUGAGAAUAGCAUUCCCCAUCAACGCGCUCGAUAUGUCACAGUUUGUGUUAAAUAACGGACCGGAAACAAGACGCUCCAAUUCCAGCUGCAACAUCUACGAUUUAGCUGCCGUUAUCGUUCAUCACGGCAAUGGCUCAAGCUGUGGCCAUUACACAUCAUUCGCCAUCAACAAUGGCGUGUGGAUGCAUUUCAACGAUCAUACGGUGAAGGAGGUAAGCAGUACGGCCGUGGCCGAAUGCAAACCGUACAUUCUAUUCUACAUCAAGCGUGAUCCGACGAAUGCCAACCGACCGACUUCACUGGUGCCGGUUGGUACCGCCGCCACUAAGUCAUCAUCCACCGGUGCCCCCACAUCGGUUAAUCAUCCGUCGUCCUGAGAUUAAGCACUAAAUAUUGGGAUGCUUUUGUUUCGUUCUCAAGACUGAUUAUCUCAUUCGUAAUUAUUCCGACUGAAUCAGACGUUCGAUAGGUUUUGUUGAAUGUGUUGCAUCUGCACUCACCCAAAGUGUAACGCGUUUUAAUUUGAGUUAUGAUUAUCCCCCUUUUUUGGUGUUUUCUUGGUAAGUGGCGUGUUCCAAUGAUCCAAUGAUGAUGCGUUGGAAUGAAUUGUGAGAAAUACGCGCGCAGUGACUUUUGUUUUGGGUCCAUUAUUGCUGAAACGGGGAAUGCAUGUGAUCAGCCUGUUGUUUAGAAAUAAAACGAUAAAAUAUUAGCAUUAAUAACCGCAGCAGAUUGAUUUGAGGCCCAAAUAACGAACAAUGCUAACUGUCCUUCGAUUAUGUUGCCAACCUGCGCUUGGUUUGGGGGCUUUCGUUAGCAGCAUGUCAUGUUUGAAGUGUCCAUAAAAUAAGUUCCUUUUUCCUUUGGUUUGUGCACUACUUAUGCAAAUGCUAUUGAUAGCUCCAUAGUCUCACGCACAAAGCAGAACUAAAUUUUACGGUGUAAAGUUUGGAUAAUCUACGACUUGUAUAUAUAAGACCAAAAUGUAUAAAGUUAGAGUUUAGAAUAGUUUAGGAUAUAUGAAAGAUAAACUAGCUACACGAUGCGUCGCAGCAAUGGUCAAGCGAGUUCUUUAGUGAAUCUUCAGUUUUUUCUUUCUUUUUUCGUUCACACACACACACACACUGGUCUGGUACAUAGAAUCAACUUGUGGACGAAGAAUGGUCUCACUGGGUUCUUUCUUUUGAAUUUCUUUUAUAAUUUCCCCAAGCUGAGCUAGCAGCGCUGGAUUUGGUUUUCUAUGUGCAUUUUUUAGAUGCACAACCGCAGUUUACAUAACGUCAGAAACAUACUUACCUUCAUUAGUUUUCCUCUUUCAUCAUGUAUAUGUAUGACCUCACGCGGUUUAGUUUAUAAGAUGUCCGAUUGGCAAUGUGAUAAAGCAAUGCAUUUUAGUUUGCGUAAUUAUCUAAAUCUAAUCCUUUACCGUAAUGACGAGUUUCACACGCCAAAGCGAACGUUGAUUGAUUUAAAUUCGCCCACUAACCUCGAUUUGCCCUGCCGGUCAUGGAUCUAUGUAAUAACAAAGUAGGCAAGUGAACAAACAAACGUCCCCGUUGUUGGCGGUCCUUUUCUAGAUAAGGUGUAGAUCUAUAAAUGAGCAUAUUUUGAAACGAAUAUUUUCUAAGGUGAUUCUCAAAGAGGCCGCGAGUUUUUGUGAUGUUGUGUUUUGCAUUCAGUUUUAGGCUAUUUUCAAUAUGCUUCUUUUACUGCUUCACGCCCUGUUUAAGCUAUUAUUGUUGCAAGCAGAAACAUUCUAUGGGUGAUCCUAACUUUAGCUUAAAAUGCGAUCAUGUGUCAUUUUAGAACCAACUCCGUUUGAUUCGUGAACUGCAUGCUAAAUGUCAUUGAUCCUCUUCUAUCUAACUACCGAGCAACUAUUCACACAAGUUUAGAAACCGAAGAAAAAAGCGAGACAUCCAGAAAUAGAUCAAACUGCAAACUUUGACCGCAAACAUAAUAAUUACGGGACAAACUGGCGAAAAUGUUUAGCAACAUAGCAACCAAAUAAAACAAAUACUCCUUAUCAUGCAGUUCAAGGCGGCAUUAUCAUUACUACGAUAUUAGGAUGGCAUGCAUCUGAUAUAUCCGUGCUAUGGAAUAGUUAGAUCAAAGGAAAUACAGUCUCGGGCUAUAUGGAGGCAAGAUAGUGGUUCGUUUUUAGUAUACGGACGGCAAAAGUAGUACGAAUUUAACAAAUAAAUUCCAAACACAAGUCAACGGGCCGAGCGUAAGAGGAAAGCCCUCAAACAGAUGUUGCAAGCCACAGAUUCUGCAUAAUAACCUCCAAAUUAAUACAUAUAAUGGUAUAUAAUUUAAAUUAGCAUUACAACCAUUUGUUUAUUUGCUAGGCUUGAUCUUAGAUAUUAAAGCAUCAAUUGAAUCACGAACAAACUUCUGUAAUAAAGAGAAUCAAUUAUGAAAA